GGACUGUAAGCAGGGUAUAUCUGUGGGACUGAGAAAGUGUCUGUCUGUGUCUCUCAGUCCAGGUCGGUGUGCUCGUCCCCUCUCCUGGAGCCCAGCCCCCCCCUCACCACCUCCUCCUCCUCCUCGUCCAGCCCCUGUGAAUGGGGGGUCCACACCCCCACACCUCGCCCCACCAGCCCCCCUCGAGGGCUGUCCCGCGGGCCGAGCCCCAUCUCCCUGAGCUCUCAGGAUGCGUGGCCUGUGGCUGCUGCCAUCACAGAGUACAUCAACGCCUACUUCAAGGGAGGAGAGCUGAACUGCUGCCUGGUGAAGAUAACAGGAGACCUCACCAUGUCCUUUCCAGCCGGAAUCACCCGCGUCUUCAACGCCAACCCCACCGCACCCGUCCUCAGCUUCCGAUUGGUGAACACGUCCAGGGUCGACCAAUUCCUGCCCAAUCAGAAACUCCUCUACAGUGACCCUUCCCAGAGUGAUCCAGACUCCAAAGACUUCUGGUUCAACAUGCAGGCUCUGAUUCUCCACCUCCAGAGAGAGGCGGAACUCAACCCCCAGGCUUCAUACUACAACGUAGGCCUCCUCAAAUACCAGGUCUCCUCUCAGGAUCCUGGCUGUGCCCCCCUCCACCUAGCUGCUCGGUGCCAGUACAGCGGCUCCCUCACCCGCGUCUCUCUGGACUAUCACUGCUGCACUGCCUCCCCCGCCACGGAGCUCAGCAACGUCCAGGUGGUCAUCUCUCUGGAGGACUCUGCCACGGACGUGCACUGUCAGCCUCCCGGAGUGUGGAACGCGGAGGAGCGGCGGUUGCUAUGGAAACUGCACAAUAUCUCUCCCACGGCUGAUGGCAAAGGUGCCGGGUCUGUGUGUGCGAGAUGGCAGUGCCAGGACGUCCUGCGCGGGGCUCUCCCCAGCGUGGGGGUGCAGUUCGUGGGCUCGGGAGAAGCCCUGUCUGGGGUGGACCUGGAAUUGGUGGGCGGGCGUUACCGCAUGUCUCUUGUUAAAAAGCGCUUCGCCACAGGAAAGUACAUGGCUGGCUGUUCAAUGUGAGAGUGAUGGAGGGACCAUCUCUUGCAGAGAAACCAGAAGCACAAAUUUGCACUUUCCCUAUCAAACUUCACGAGAAUGACACAGAUGAAAGGAAAAGCUAAAGAGUUUACAAUUUUAAAUCAGGUAUCAGCAAAUUAUUUCUGCAGACUCAAUGGAUGAUAUGUAAAUGGAAGAGUUUUAUAACAAAAAAAGAAACCUUCUUCAACCUCUUGGAAUCCAGUCUUGUUGAGGGUGAAAGGUCCUGGAGUUUUUGUCUGUUUGCAGCUUGUUUAAUUUUAUUGUAAUUAUUGGAUUCUUUUUUUGUGUUUUCUUUGUAAUUACUUUUGUGUGUGUUGUAUACAGUUGGGAUCUUGUGUGCCUUGGAGACUGUUCAUACAUGAGAAGUAGGCUGAACUGAAUUAAGUGAUGCACUAGUUUAGUGGACCUUUUGGACUGUUUGUUUUGUAUACAUAUCACAAAUUGAAACUUUCAGAACAAGGUAGGUGUGAUUUAUUGUGUGGAGGAUUGACAAUUGCUGAUUGUCUGCCAUGUUUCAUUUUGUUUUGGACCAACAGUGUAAUCAGUCUGAAACCAUUUAGUGUUGGUAAAAUAAAAAAUGAAAAACAAAAACA